CUACCCUUGUUCAACUAGUGUAUAACGAUAAGAGGGUCAGACGAUAUUUCCAUCUAAGGAUGUGGAUCUGCGUGUCGAACGCAUUCGACGCGAGAAGGAUCACGAAGGAGGUUGUGGAAUCCGCUUCGUUUGGGAGACAUUGUGAGACGUCGAACUGGGACAUGCUCCAGAGGAGUCUUAAGGAGAAGCUAAUGUUGAAAAAGUUUCUACUCGUCCUAGAUGAUGUGUGGAGUGAUGACCAAGUUCAAUGGGAGAAUCUGCUGGCACCUUUAGCGGAAAAGAUGCAAGGCAGUAAGAUUGUUGUAACAACGCGAAACAGCAGCGUUGCCAGGAUAAAGGGAAUGAUGUCUCCCUAUAUCUUGGACGGAUUGUCGGAGGAAGAUUCUUUGUCCUUGUUUACACACCAUGCUUUUAUGGGUAAGGAAACCAAGGGCAUCCGCGUAAUAGAAGAAAUGCGUAAGAAGAUAGUAGAGAAGUUGAACGGGUCGCCUUUAGCGGCCAAGACACUCGGCCGACUCUGUAACUCAAAAUUAGGAAAGAACGACUGGAAGGAUUUCUUGAAAACCGAAAUAUGGCAAAUGCAACAAAAUGACUCUGAUAUAAUGCCCAUUCUAAAACUAACUUACAAUCACCUACCUGCACAUCUGAAGCAGUGUUUUGCCUUUUGUUCUGUAUUUCCAAAGGAGUAUGAUUUCGAUAAGGAGGACCUAGUCAGAAUGUGGAUGGGCCAGGGUUUCAUUCAAUCGGGAGAUAAGAAAAGAGUCGAAGAUAUCGGAAAUGAAUAUUUUGAUCACUUAAUCAGCAUGGGAAUCUUUCUACGUAAACAGGACAAAUACGUAAUGCCUGCCCUGAUGAAUGAUCUGGCACGAUUUGUCUCUAUGGAUGAAUGUAGCAGAAUAGAAUCCUCUGGUGAAUUAUCAGGACUUUCUCAAAGUCCUCGCCAUUUGUCACUGAUUUUUCGUUGUCUGGACAAAUCGGCACAAAACUAUUUAGAGAAUCUGACAAGCAUGCGCACUUUAAUAUUCUUAGAUACUUAUGAAACUGUGUUGGAUGAUACUCUUGGGAAUUUGUUCAAGAGCUUAACAUCCUUGCGGGUUUUAGAUUUAAGGAACAAGAAAAUAAAAAUGUUGCCACAAUGCAUUAGCAAUUUAAAACAUCUCCGCUACCUUAAUCUUUCUAAUAAUCCGCUGGAGGAUUUGCCUCCCUCAUUGUGUGAACUGCAGAAUCUUCAAACACUGGUGCUGUUGCAAUGUGAAUCGCUGAAGAACCUGCCAGAAGGUAUCUGCAAAUUAACAAACUUAAGGCAUCUUAAGAUUGAUAGAUCACUACCCUCUUUCACCAGAAAAGGUCGACAAACAAAAGUAGCAGGUAUUGGAAGCUUAACUUUGCUUCAGGAGCUAGAAAAAUUCGAUUGCACGGACCAUAGGAUUGGGGAGCUGAAGGAAAUGAAUGAGCUACGAGGAUGCCUUUCUAUUCGAGGUCUUGAGAACGUCGAGAGUGAGACUGAGGCCAGCAAAGCGAUGUUAGCGAACAAGCGUCGCCUUGAUAUCUUGAAACUGAAAUGGUCCAGAAUGGAUAUUGUUUCUGCAAGCUCAGAACUAGAUCUGAGAGUGCUUGAAAAACUCCAACCUCAUCCAAAUAUAAGGAAGCUGACAAUUGCACGAUACAGGGGUAUCAAUACUCCAUGCUGGAUUAACAAGGCGAUGCCCUCAAAUUUAAAAGUUAUUAAGCUACAUGAUUGUCCAUAUUUGAAACAACUUCCAAGCCUCGGCCAUCUCUUCUUUCUUGAGAAACUAGAGAUAUGCAGGAUGUAUGGUGUGACAAAGGUUGACUACGAGUUCUAUGGAAACACCAAAGAAGUGAAGUUCCCGUCACUGAGGAAGCUGUCUUUCUGUCACAUGCCAAAGUGGAAGGAGUGGUCGGCAAGAAAGGAAGAUCAAUCUUUCCCUUGCCUGAUUGAGCUAUUUAUGAAGAACUGCCCCAAUUUGGAGACAAGGCCUUCCUUUCCCCCUGAAGUGAGGAUAAUUGAAGUUUGUGGGACUCGAUCUGCAAGGUCUUAAAACAAUUAGUGGCGACUAAAGCUAAGAUGGCACGUCAGAGAGCACAGCUACCGACUCGUUGCAUCCUCCUUGUUCUUGCUGCCUCUUGUACAUUUUUUAGUGCUCGGAGUUGAUGAUGCAACAAGAAAGGUUUUCGCAGCCGCACUUUCCGAAUUAGAUAAGGACUUUAACCAUCAGCAGAUGUUCCAAGCUUUCCAAUCCCCGACCUAUAGAGUGUUUCUAAGCCUUCACCUCAGCUACUGCUAUGAAUUCUGCCUUGCAGAGGAGAGCAGAAUUCGUUCAUCCCUUAAAGAUAUCGAGAUUACAUAUUGUCCGCAUGUUAUGAAUCAGUCGCUACACAUUUCACUGCAGCAGUAGGUAAAAACAUCAGCACAAUUGGCCUCCAUAUUAGAGAUUGAGUAUAACGACUUAAGUUUGUUCUUUUCGAAAAUUCUGCCUCAUCUGACCCAGUUUUAUGCACUGAAUUUUGGCUACCGUGAUGAACCCCCUUCAUUUCCUUCCUCUUUUGGUAUCUCCUUGAGUACAAAAUCAGCCGUGAUGAUAACUCCCAGCGAAGCUUAGAUAUAAGAAUCGGAAGAGCUCAUUUGCCAAGCUCCAUCGAAAAUGUAUCAAAAUGGCUGCUAUGUCUCACAUCUCUGCAAUCAUUGACAAUCUCUGGUGCUGUAGAACAGUAGAAGUGGAUUUCUUACUGAAAAAUCUAAUAGUGCUUAAGAAUCUCAUCAAAAAGGACUGUGAAAGCUGUUUUGAUUUUACAGUCGCUCACCUCGCUCGAAAGCUUGACUGUUGAAAACUGCCCAGACUUAGGGGAUUGUGUUGUUUUCUUAUCGCUGGAGGAGUUAUAUAUCGACAGGUGUCCCUCAAUGGUAUCUGGUGUCAGGAAGUGGUCAGCAAACAAGAUUACACACAUUGAGAAGAGAGCAAUAUUGUGACAAAGCAAGCAUGAUUCAGUUGAUAAAUCCUCACUGGAGUUUGAGCGACCGUAAAAUGCAGGAAACACAGUAAUUCCUUGAUUCUGUUGAAGAUAAAAAUCAAGAUGAUCAGCAAUUAGUCGUGUAACUUCUUCAAGCUGAAACUCAAGUUGGAAAAGUGUUGGAUGGAUGUUAAAUCUGAGAUUUAUUCUUCCAACAAUGGAUACUUGACUGAAUGUCCCAGCUCUUUCCAUUGUCUACUCAAUAUCGUACAACACGCAAGCUAUUCAUUUCUUUUAUCUUGUAAUCAUCCUUAAGAGGGGGUGUUGCAAGAAUGUGCAAGAAAGCUUGAAAUGAAUCAGCUGAACAAUUACGUCCAUGUAAAGUAAUCCUUAGAAGCUGGAUUCAUGAUAAUGUAUUCUUUGUUGAUUGUCCUACCUCCGAUUCAUUCCAUCAGCAAGACAACAACUAAUUCUGGAGGUGAUUAUGUAGGAUUUUGCUGCAUAUGCUGCAUGAAGGUUUUGCAAUUGACUCGCAUUGUUCCCCAUCAUGUAGUUGUUUGUGUUUGUAAGCUUUACCAUCUGUAUCUUAGCAUUGAAUUCUGCUGUAUAUAGAGAAUUGACUUAGAUUGAA